UUUGCAUGUGUAGUUUUUAGCUAAAAAUAAUUACUCUGAUUCGAUGAGUGGUUUUGUGUAAUAAUAUAUUAUUUAAAAAAAUAAUUUGAUACUUAUCUAUAAAUAUUAAUUUCAUACAUAUAUAUAAUGUGUUGAACAACAAAAUUGCGUCAAAAUCAGUAUAUUAUUGUGAUAAACUUCUAGAAUGUCAUCAACAGCACUUAUUCAACUGUCUAAUUCUUUAGGAACAAAAGUUAAAGAUCUCAGUGAUUUAAAGAAAAUAAUUAUUCGUCCAUUAAUUCAAUUGGCUGUAAAAUCUAUUGAACAAAAUCACAUCGAUGAUGGAAUUCUUGAUAGAAUAUCAGAAAAAUAUAACAUCUCUCAAGAAAAAAUUGAUGAAUGGUACUCAGUAAUAUUGAAAAUCAUGAAGACACAUCUACGAUUUCCAGACACUUCCAUAAAAACCAAUGACCUCAAACAGUUUCUCCAAGAUUUGAAAAUGGAAAAUGAAUGUAUCGAUGAUUUAUGUGCAGUUCUUUAUGGUCAUAAACGUCCAAUAUUAAUGCGUAGUUUAUCGGAAAAAAAUAGAUUCUUUCCAACUAUAAAAACUUGUCGAUGGAGGAUAGAUAUCACCAUAUCUUCGAGUGUUCUUUCUCGCGUAUUGGAGCCAACAAUUCUAAUGGAAUGGACCUUAAGUACAGGGAAGAAAUAUUUAUUCGAAAUGAAUCUUUCAAAAUUUCAUCUAAUGAGGUGUACUGUAGCUAAUCUUUUAUUAAAAAUGCAUGAAUUUGAGGAAUCUAAUUCUCAAAGAACAAUCCAAGGAAUUUAGUCAAAGCUUUAUUCAAUACAAAAAAAUUAAAUAAUCUAUAUGUAAUAAAUAAGACAAUUUUUUUUUAUAAAUAAAAUAAUAUAUUAUUUAUUA